GUCGAGUUUUCGAAAAGUACGUAGGCCUACAGUGGAAAGUUUUGAUAGUUAGUGGAGGUUUGAAGAGACGGAGUUCUCGGACAAAAGGUUAUUUGUUCAGGACCACUAUCACUCUACUAAUCCUGGUAGACGAGCAUCGUGUGACGUCACAAUCCAAUAUGGCGUCUUGCCACCUGUGGCUGCUAACGGCUCUCGCCAUUCUGCUAGCACCAACCGGCGUCUUUCCGCGUCCCAGAACGCACGAAUCCGCCACACCGGACCAGUUUCCCAAAACGCACGAAUCUGCGGAUCGGUAUCCCAACACUCAGGAGUUGGCUUCAAGGGAUUCGUCUCCCCAGCAGUUUGUUGGGUCUUCAAGAAGUGACCGGUCUCCCAAAACGCUCGAAUCUACGGAUCGGUUUCCCGGAACGCAGGAACAAUCUUCCAGAACGCAGGCGUUGGCGGAUGACGACAUAGAUAUCUCGAAGGUGCGGAGCUCUGGUCCCAAGUUUUCUUUGGAUGCCAUUGUUGCCGACAGUCAGCGGACCUCCCGCUACCUGCUGGGGAGUCGCACCAUGGAGAGGAUGCUGGUCGACUUCCUGGACACCCUGCCUGAGGAUGAUCUCCGCGCCAUGGAGGAGCUUGUGCCUGGCAGUUCCUCGUCAUCUGAGGAGGUGGAGGAGGACCUAGAUGGAGGCCUGAGUCAGGGUGACCUCAUACAGGGCGAUAUGCCCGCUUCGGCUGAGAACAACGGCACUCAGAUGUUGAAUUCGACUGAUUCUGACGGCAACUACACGGAUCAACUGCAGAAGGCUAAUCGAGAAAGGUAG